ACGCGAGCUCAUUCGAGUUCGUUCCUCUGUAAGUUCCUCAUUGCAGUGCUUUCGGCCACUCGGAGGCCCAGCACGCAUGUUUCUUACAUUUUCAUCACGCAUUCAUCUCUCUUUCACACACAACAAAAGUUCUUGUACUUUCUAAUAUUUAUUUUUCCCCCAUAUCCUUCCUUUUUCAUUAUCACCGAACGUGCUAGCUUAGUUUAACAUUUUGCAAAAGCAUUUUGUUCUUACAUCUUAAUAGUGUUUCGAUCUUCUACGUGCCUGAAUGCAAUAUUACGAAUACGAAUCAGAGGAGUGUGGGAUAUGGCGAUCAAUUUCGAGAUAUAUCUUUUUUUUCUCGUCAUCAUCUGCUCAAUCUUUGACCAUCAACAUAACGUAAGCGCACAGAAUAAAACCCUGAAGGAUCUCUUCAACAGUACAUCGUGCGCUAAGCCACCAUUCGAGUGUCCACAUCCUCAAAUUGAAUUUUAUUUGUACACGAGAGACACGCAAAAAAAUCCUUUACUCUUGGACGUCCGAAGCUUCGACUCGCUCUACUAUUCCAGAUUCAACAAAUCAAAUCCAACGAAAAUCAUUAUUCACGGCUUUGGUGGCGGUAGAAACUUGGCACCUAGUACGGAUUUAAGACGUGCAUAUUUCAGUCGAGGCAAUUACAAUAUCGUUAUUGUCGAUUACGGCACGUUGGUACGCGAGCCUUGUCUCUCUCAGAUACAAUGGGGACCGGAUUUUUGUUCGCGAUGUAUCGCGCAAUUGGUUAGGUACUUGAGGGAUCAUCCUCGAGGCACAAGGGUGGACAAUAUUCAUGUUCUUGGAUAUAGCGUUGGUGCUCAUAUCGCUGGACUGAUAGCCAAUUAUUUGCCUGAGGAUAAACUCGGCAGAAUAACGGGCCUAGACCCGACGAUAUUUUUCUACAUGAACGGCAAUCGUUCGAUGGAUUUAGACGAGACAGAUGCCCAUUUCGUCGACGUUAUACAUACCGGCGCGGGAAUUUUAGGCCAAUGGGGGCCGAACGGGCACGCGGAUUUUUAUGUCAAUGGCGGAUCGAGCCAACCCGGAUGCGCGACCUCUUCUCUACUCCAAACUCUCUCUUGCGACCACACCAAAGUAACGCCUUAUUACAUAGAAUCGAUCACGACGAAAAAAGGAUUUUGGGCAGCACCCUGCGGCAAUCUUUUCUCUUAUCUGAUCGGCUGGUGCAAUCCACCGUUGGAGAACUACAUUCUCAUGGGAGAGGACGCCCCACAUACAGCACGAGGCAUCUUCUAUCUGUCAACAAACGCACACAGACCGUACGCCCGAGGACUUCCCGUAAAAAAGCAGCAACAGAUAAAUCGGAGGCGAUCGUCUUACCGCCAGUAUUAAGCUUGCUUAAGCAACUCAUCAAUAUAAUUAUAGAAUAACGAUCAAUUUAUUAAUUAUUUCAAAGAGACUUAAUGACAUCUUUUAUUCAUGCAUACUAAAUUGAUCGAUCAUGAUUUUCAUUCAUUUUUCGACGUUUAGCAAGUAAGUAGAAAGAAAAAUUAUGCACGUAAUCCGCGAGCCAACACUUUUAUGUUGCUUAGUUUCAUUAUUUUUCUAUUAUUAUUUUUCUGCGAAAUGAACAAUACGAAUAAAAUUUAUCCUCAUUUCUUUUUUUUACGCCUCACCAACCAACGAAUACGAAUUAUUGCAACAUUAUGAAAGCCAUAUGAAUAUGUACUUAUGUAUUAUCUAAACGACAAAGGUAUUAAUUUCGUUUAUCUAUAAGUAAGGGUAUACGAUUAAGCAACUUGACAAAUUUACACAUGUAUGUAUGUAAAUAUAUAUGUAUGUGGGUGCUGGGAGUUUAUUGGAUUUCUCAUAAAAAAAAUUCACUUACCGUCUUAUAUGUCAUUGUUUCUCGUUACCAGAGAACUUUUGCUCAUAUGAUUUUAUGUUAACAACAAUAUUUAUUAUAUAAUAAUUAAGGACAUAAUAAUAACUUCUAUGGAUUUACAUUGUCGCGCUAAACCUUAAUAUG